AUGUCACGUACUGGAGUCUUACCACAAGGGAUUGAGCUUUCUGGUGGUGAUGUAGAAUUAGGUAACGUUCAACAAACUGGUGAACACAAAAGGACCACCGAUCAGCAGGCUGCAACAAAUUGGGUUGUCUAUCAACGAACCUUAGAAGAGAAGAGACAAAUACAAAGAUUCAAACAAGAAACAAGUCGACUGGGUGGUAUUGAAUUAGAUCAAACAAACAAUUAUCAAUAUGUACAACAUAGGGUGUAUCGUCCAAAAGGCUUCGAUAUGAAGAGCGAGGAGCAGUAA